CCGGUUCAUUCCCCUCCUUCUUCUCCCCCUCUCUACUCAAAAAUGGCUGACGACCUCUUCGAUGGUGCUAUCGGUAUCGAUCUCGGAACUACCUACUCCUGUGUCGGAGUGUGGCAAAACGACCGUGUCGAGAUCAUCGCCAACGACCAGGGUAACAGGACCACGCCCUCCUACGUCGCCUUCUCCGCCGAGGAGCGCUUGAUCGGCGAUGCUGCCAAAAACCAGGCCGCCAUGAACCCUCGCAACACUGUAUUCGAUGCCAAGCGUCUCAUCGGUCGCCGCUUUGAUGACCCCGAUGUUAAGAAGGACAUGACCCACUGGCCUUUCACCGUCGUCGAGAAGGACGGCUCUCCUCUGAUCCAGGUCGAGUACCUCGGUGACGAGAAGACUUUCAGCCCCCAGGAGAUCUCCGCCAUGGUUCUCACCAAAAUGAAGGACAUUUCUGAGGCCAAGCUCGGAAAGGAGGUCAAGAAGGCCGUCGUUACCGUGCCCGCCUACUUCAACGACUCCCAGCGUCUUGCCACCAAGGACGCCGGUGCCAUCGCCGGUCUCGAUGUUCUCCGUAUCAUCAACGAGCCCACCGCCGCUGCCAUCGCCUACGGUCUCGACUCGCAAUCCAAGACCGAGCGCAACGUCCUCAUCUUCGAUCUCGGUGGUGGAACUUUCGAUGUCUCCCUCCUUAACAUCACCGGUGGUGUCUUCGCCGUCAAGGCCACCGCUGGUGACACCCAUUUGGGUGGUGAGGACUUCGAUAACGCCCUCCUUGACUUCUUCAAGAACGACUUCAAGAAGAAGACCAAGCUCGACAUCUCCGACGACGCUCGUGCCCUCAGGAGAUUGAGGAGUGCUUGCGAGCGUGCGAAGAGGACGCUUUCUUCCGUCGCUCAGACUACCGUUGAGGUUGACUCGCUCUUCCAGGGUGAGGACUUCUCGGCCAACAUCUCCCGUGCCCGUUUCGAGGAGAUCAACGCCACCCUCUUUAAGUCCACGAUGGAGCCCGUCGAGAAGGUCUUGAAGGACGCCAAGAUGCCCCGUGAGAAGGUCGACGACAUCGUCCUCGUCGGUGGCUCCACCCGUAUUCCCAAGAUCCAGGCUUUGGUUUCUGAGUUCUUCGGUGGCCGUCAGCUCAACAAGUCAAUCAACCCCGACGAGGCUGUCGCCUACGGUGCUGCUGUUCAGGCCGCCGUCUUGACCGGUCAGACCUCCGAGAAGACCCAGGACCUCCUCCUUCUCGAUGUCGCUCCUCUCUCCCUCGGUGUUGCCAUGCAGGGCGAUGUCUUCGGUAUCGUCGUGCCCAGGAACACCCCUAUCCCCACCAACAAGUCGCGUACUUUCACGACCGUUGAGGACAACCAGACCCAGGUCACCUUCCCCGUCUACGAGGGUGAGCGUACCCAGUGCCGCGACAACCGUCUCCUCGGCGAGUUCGAGCUCACUGGUAUCCCACCGAUGCCCCGUGGCCAGGCUGAGCUCGUUACCACCUUUGAGGUCGAUGCCAACGGUCUUUUGAAGGUAUCCGCUAUGGACCGUGCUUCCGGCCGGAAGGCUUCCAUCAGCAUCACCAACUCCGUCGGCCGUCUCUCAUCGGCAGAGAUUGACCAGAUGAUCAAGGAUGCUGAGCAGUUCAAGCAGGCCGACAAGGAGUUCUCUGCCCGUCACGAGGCCAAGUCCGACUUGGAGGCUUACAUCCACCAAGUCGAGGGCACCAUCACCUCGCCCGAGAUCGGCAUGAAGCUUAAGCGUGGAGCUAAGUCGCAGGUUGAGUCUGAGCUCGCCCGUGCGCUCGAGAAGCUCGAGAUUGAGGACUCGACGGCGGACGAGUUGCGCAAGGCGCAGUUGGGCAUCAAGCGUGCGCUCCAGAAGGCGACCGCUGGUAUCCGGUGA